AUGAGUAGGCAGCCGAGGCUAAUGAGUAGGUGGCUGCAUCUGAUAAGCAAGUGGUUGGUGAGACAUGAGUUGAAGAGAAAUGUAGCUGAUGAGACUAGAGCUGAGGAUGACGUCAACAAGGGGGAGUCUCCUGCCGAAGCCUCAAAGAUAUUUGAAUGUUUAUUCACCGCUUGCUUAAAGGGUGCUCUUUUGCUUCAAUUUUUAGGAUACUUUGACUUCGGACAUCAAUUGCUGCUAAUAAACCACAACCCGAACUAUGGCUUGUUUCCAUUCUUCAUCGAGCAGGUUAAGGUGAGUGAUCUGCCCCCAGAGGUUGUAGAACUUGCCGUCAUGGAUUUUACAGAGCAUUUCGAGAGUUUGCAGGUGCUUGAUACAGUGAGAUGUGGAGAGUCUAUGAUUUGUAAGCUUGGCAAUUGCGUUGAUAAGAAGUUAAAGAAUCAUUAUAUGUAUACUUUGAAAGAGGUUGAAGAAGACCUCAAAGAGAUUACUGAUGUUUACAUCCAGGAGUCGUUGGACAUGGAAGCAGUUGUGAAGUUGAGGGAUGAGGGCAAGUGGCUAACAGGCACCAACGUGGUCUAUGAGAUUAAUUUACUUCAGGAUGAAGCGCUGAAGAAAGUUAAGAACAUGGCCAGGAGUGCGGGCCUCAAUGUGAAUGAAGUAACGAACUAG